AUGGAGACUGAGCUCUGCUUCCCACUCCUCAACUCCUCCUGCAGGAAGCCUCUGCAGCACCGAGCCUUUAUCUUCAUUUACAGCCUACUGGCGUGCAUCUCCGUGCUCACCGUGGCUCUAAACCUGCUGGUCAUCAUCUCUAUCUCACACUUCAGGCAGCUGCACACCCCCACCAACGUCCUCCUCCUCUCUCUGGCCGUCUCAGACCUCCUGGUCGGCCUCUUCAUGAUGCCGCUUCAGAUCAUCCUCCUGAGGGGCUGCUGGGAUCUCGGGAGCUUGAUAUGUCGAAUGUUCUCCUACACCUCCUUUAUCCUCACCUCUGCCUCGGUGGGAAACAUGGUGCUCAUAUCCAUCGACCGGCACGUGGCCAUCUGCGACCCCCUGAGUUACCCCACCAAAAUCACUCAGAUGAGGGUCAAACUGUGUGUGUGUCUGUGUUGGGCCUCCUCUGUUUUCUACAACGGCGUGAUACUCAUUGACUUCCUAAAACACCCGAAUAUAUACAGUGCCUGCUAUGGAGAGUGUAUAGUCAUGAUUAACUUCAUCACAGGGUCCGUGGAUGUCGUGUUGACGUUUGUCGGCCCCAUUUCUGUCAUCAUAGUGCUUUAUAUGAGGGUGUUUGUGGUGGCUUUGACUCAGGCUCGAGCCAUGCGCUCUCAUAUUUCAGGCGUCAAAAUCCAGAGUUCGAUCAAGGUCACUGCCAAGAAGUCAGAAAGAAAAGCAGCCAGGACUCUUGGCGUUGUCAUAGUGGUGUUUUUAAUUUGUUUCUGUCCUUAUUUUUACCCCUCUUUUGGGGGACAAGACUUGAUAACCGGCGUUGAGUUUUCAACGUUUGGGAUCUGGCUUUUGUUUUGUAAUUCCUGUAUGAAUCCACUGGUGUACGCUCUCUUGUACCCCUGGUUUAGGAGGUCUGUUAAACUCAUUUUGACUCUUCAGAUACUGCAGCCUGGCUCCUGUGACGCCAACGUGCUGUAGAGGAGAGCGUGUAGUUUAAAGUAUAUAGAAAGUGUGAUUUCCCUCAUUAGCACUGAGGAAAUUAGGACGGAAUAUAAUAACUUUGCAGCACAGGAUUUAAUAAAAAGAAGCUGGUAAUUAAAGAUCAGAUUCCCCCAGGCGGCUCUGUUUUCUAUAAUGGUUUGAUAAACUGCAAAUAAUGACUUUUGAAAAGCAUAAUAAACGUGUUUCCGGGGAUUAAGUCUUACUUUUUUGUCGAAUAAGACAUAAUAAUAAUCAAUAAUAAUAGUCAUGAAUGUUUUGCUCAUGAAAAGUAAUCUAAUUUUAAGAACAUAUAUCCAAACUGUUCUUAUUGAAUUAUUCUAUCUUAUAUAUUUGGCAAGAUUUAACCAGUAACAAUGGUUUGACUUUGCAUACAUUCCUAGCAUUAAAAUAAUAUGUAUUUCUUGUUUUAAGAGUGCAUUUACUUACACAACUUAAUUUAAAUAUUUAAGAGUCUUAUGAUAUGACGAGAAAUGCUGAGUCUUGUUCAUCUUUUAUUAAUCUAAUGGACUUUCUCAUACAUCCUAAUAUAUAUAAUGUCUGCUAU